AUGACAGCUCUACGAUUGACGACUACGGCUCUACGAGCUACCACACGAAAUGUAAAUACGAUUCGUGGGUUUAGUACCUCGUCUUUAAGACUUGGUGCCGUCGAGGGAGUUGACAGGAUCAGUGUCAUCGGUGCCGGACAGAUGGGUCUAGGAAUCGCCCUCGUAGCAGCCCGUCACGCCUCCCUCCCCGUAACUCUAAUCGACAGCUCCCCAGCCUCACUCAACAAAUCCAUGGACUUCCUCUCCAAACUCCUAUCCAAGGACGUUACAAAAUCCCGUCUAACAGAAACUCAAGCAUCGGAAAUAAAAUCGCGAAUAACAACAUCAACAGAUAUCGCCGAUGUUUCCACUUCAGAUUUUAUAAUCGAAGCAGUUCCCGAAAUCGUUAAUCUCAAGAUGGAAAUAUUUAAAAAAUUGUCAGAAGUGGCUAAACCCACUGCUAUACUAGCUACAAACACCUCAUCGAUUUCAAUUACCAAAAUCGCUGCUGCAGCGGGAAAUGCAGCCGAUAGAGUUAUUUCAACUCAUUUCAUGAAUCCGGUUCCAAUCCAACCAGGUGUAGAAAUAAUAACAGCUCUACAAACCUCCCCAAAGACCCUAGAAACCUCACUAUCACUCUGCAAAGCAUUACAAAAGAUCCCAUCGCAGUCGGCGGAUACACCGGGGUUUUUGGCGAAUAGGAUAUUGAUGCCGUAUAUUAACGAAGCGGUGAUUUGUUUAGAAAGUGGGAUUGGAAGGAAAGAGGAUAUUGAUGGGAUUAUGAAGAAUGGAACUGGUGUUCCCAUGGGACCGUUGGCGUUGGCGGAUUUUAUUGGGUUGGAUACUUGUUUGGCGAUUAUGAGGGUGUUGUAUGGGGAUACGGGGGAUAGUAAGUAUAGACCUAGUGUGCUGUUGCAGAGGAUGGUGGAUGCGGGGUGGUUGGGGAAGAAGAGUGGGAGGGGGUUUUAUGAGUAUAAAUAA